UUAUAAAAAACAAAAAUUUAAAAAUGGGUCGUGCUGAGGCUGGUACGCCCAAGUACCUCGCCAAUAAAAUGAAGGCGAAGGGCUUGCAGAAGUUGCGAUGGUAUUGCCAAAUGUGCGAAAAGCAGUGCCGCGACGAGAACGGCUUCAAAUGCCACACCAUGAGUGAGUCGCAUCAGCGGCAACUCUUGCUGUUUGCAGACUCGCCUGGAAAGUUUCUGCACAACUUCUCGAAAGAGUUCUCCGAUGGUUACCUGGAGCUGCUGCGCCGGCGGUUCGGCACCAAGCGUACCAAUGCCAACAAGAUAUACCAGGAGUACAUUGCGCACAAGGAACACAUCCACAUGAAUGCCACCCGCUGGCUAACACUCUCCGAUUAUGUCAAGUGGCUGGGAAGGACUGGCCAGGUUGUAGCGGACGAAACGGAAAAAGGAUGGUUUGUCUCAUACAUUGAUCGCAGCCCCGAAGCAAUGGAGCGCCAGGCAAAGGCCGAACGCAAGGAAAAGAUGGAAAAGGACGACGAGGAGCGAAUGACUGAUUUUAUUGAAAAACAAAUCAAAAAGGCAAAGUCCAAGGACGAUGGCGACGACAGUGGGCAGGAAAAGUAUACCGAGCUUGUACGGGAAGAGGCCGAGCCGCUUAAAUUGGACAUCCGAUUGGAGAAAAAGUUCCAGCCCGAAUCGAUCUUGGGAAAAUCGGCGCUAUUGGCAAAGCGACCGAACUCUGAGAUUGACGAAAAAGUCUUCAAGAAGCCCAGGUCGAUGUUGGUGGAAAAAGGCGGUUCCCAUUCCAAAUCAGCGCUGGAUGAGAUCAUCCAACAGGAGGAAGCGAAAAAAGAACGCGCCAACCGCAAGGAUUAUUGGCUGCACAAAAACAUUGUGGUGAAAUUCAUCUCAAAGUCCAUGGGCGACAAGUUUUUCAAGCAAAAAGCGGUUGUGCAGGAACUAGUCGAUAAGUAUCAAGCGAAAAUCAAAUUCCUUGAUACGGGCGAAAAGCUCAAAGUGGAUCAGGCGCAUUUGGAGACUGUGAUACCGGCCAUGGGCAAAACAGUGUUGGUUGUUAAUGGCGCCUAUCGCGGCUCAGAGGCUCUGCUGAAAAAGCUAGACGAGCGCAAGUUUUCCGUCAGCAUUGAGAUACUCCACGGACCGCUCAAGGGACGAAUAGUCGAUAAUGUACAGUACGAAGAUAUAUCCAAAUUAUAUGACACAUAGCAUAAAAAAGUAGGAUUAUAUGUAAAUAAUUUUAUAAGAUUUAUAGGAAGGAUAUUGUGCCGUUUUUUAAAGAUUACAAGCUAAGAUUACAUUUAUGAAAAUAUACAUGCUCUACCACA